AUGCAAGAUCCACAAGUUGAACACAACAUUUGGGUCAUAUGGAGAGGAAAGAAGUUUAAUGUGGAGAUCAAAGAGGGCGCUACUCUCAAGGACCUCGGGCAUGAACUGCAAAAGUUAACUAAUGUCAAAGCAGAUACGAUGAAGCUAAUUGUUCCACAAAAAGAAUAUCUGGCUAUGGAUACUGCUUAUGGAGUUUGGUUUUUGUACUUGUCUAUAAGAUCUGAUAACUUGUCCCAAAAGAAGUUCAAUGUCAGCGACUUAGAUGGCAAGGCGGCACACUUAAGCACCCUUUCGAUUUCUGUUCAAGGAAAGUCCGUCAGAAUGAUGGGAGUGUCUGAACAUGAGGUUGAUGAAGUUUUACAACAUGCAAAGACAAACUUAAGGAUAGCUGGAUUUGAUGAAGAGGAAAUGAGAUUGAGGCAGCGAAUGUCAUACAGGCCUCAUACUCUGAAACUUCCACAAGGACCUUAUAUCUUUUGUGAUUUCCGAACACUUCAACUUCCAGGAAUUGAGUUGAACCCUCCGGUGUCAGAGGCAUUGAAAAGAAUGCACAUGCUUGCUGCAGAUCCUGGAAUUAUUUCUGUCAUGAACAAGCAUCGUUGGCGUGUGGGAAUCAUGACCGAGAUGGCCCCUGUUGGUUAUGUUGGCAUAAGUCCCAAAUGCAUCCUCGGGUUCAAUAAGAACCACGGGGAGGAGAUAUCUCUGCGCCUUCGAACUGAUGACCUUAAGGGUUUCAGGAAAUAUGAAAGUAUCAAGAAAACUCUUUUGCAUGAGCUUGGAUCCUCCUCGAAUCAAUAUAGCAGGCACAUGCCACUUGUUAGUGAUUGGCACAGGAAGAUGUCAG